AAGUAUCUUUGGAAAUUAUGGGGUGGAGGUUACACAAACUCUUAACAAAGCAUGCCUCAGCUUUUCUUCUCUUUUCCUGAAAUGAAAGGCGAUACUGUAUUUCCUCCAAGCUUUUUUCAUAAACCUGUCCUUGCCCAGCGUCUACACAUGUAAUACUGCCUGCUCUUUGGCUGUUGCUCUUUGCAGGUUCAUGAACGACAUUUUGAACUGGAUGUUUGGUGCCAGGAACCAAGAGCCAGUUUGCUGAAUUGCUGUCCCUGUCAUUCUGGAUUGCUGAGAGUCUCCAGGAAGGUCUGUGGGUUCGUCCCAGCGCCCGCCCAGGUGGAGGCACAGCUGGAAGCUAUUUUUGAGAACUUUUGCCACAGGUGUAAAAGGCGCCAGCCCUGCAAAGAUGCUGAAACAGAUACUGUCGGAGAUGUACAUAGAUCCUGAUCUGCUGGCAGAGCUCAGCGAAGAACAGAAACAGAUCCUGUUCUUCAAGAUGCGGGAGGAACAGAUCCGCCGAUGGAAAGAAAGAGAAGCAGCAAUGGAAAAAAAGGAGUCCUUGCCAGUGAAAUCCAGACCAAAGAAAGAGAAUGGCAAAUCCGUUCAUUGGAAACUGGGAGCUGAUAAGGAAGUCUGGGUCUGGGUGAUGGGCGAACACCAUCUAGAUAAACCCUACGACGUGCUCUGUAAUGAAAUGAUUGCUGAGAGGGCCCGGCUGAAAGCGCAGCAGGAAGCAGAAGAGCUCAGAAAAACUCAGUCCAAAGAAUUCACCAAUAGCUUGAAAACAAAGUCACAGCACUGUGAUCUGCCAGCACCGGCUAACAGGGAGACGGAGAGCAUCUGUGGGAAGGCGGCAGGAGAGGAGGAGGUGGGGCGCGGCUCUGGAGCAGCACCACCCCGCGAAGAAGAGAAAAUCCCAUCACCCCCCAGUUCCUCAAGAAAUAUUCAACAAAUGUUGGCAGAUUCUAUCAAUCGUAUGAAGGCAUAUGGAUUUCACCAGAAGAAAGAAUCUAUGAAGAAAACACAAGAUGAGGAAAUAAAACAAAUAGAUGAAGAGAGAACCAAGCAGAUUUAUAAGAACUGGAAAGAAGAUUCGGAGUGGCAGGCGUCCUUGCGAAAAUCAAAAGCAGCGGAUGAGAAGAGACGCUCCUUGGCUAAACAAGCUCGGGAAGACUACAAGAGGUUAUCCUUAGGGGCCCAAAGAGGAAGAGGCAGUGAGGGACCGCAGAGGCCCUCAGGUCUUCCACAGAAACCCAAGAGACCCCCGCUUCCACCCAAGCCUCGGUUCCUAAGCCCAGCAGGAUACCCUCAGAAACAUCUUAGAAACCAAGGAGUGAUGAGGACAGCAUCCGGCUCUGCCCUGGAGGACAUCAUCCGAUGGUUUAGAGAAGAGCAGCUCCCACUGCGAGCAGGCUACCAGAAAACCGCAGACACCAUAGCUCCCUGGUUCCAUGGAAUUCUCACACUGAAGAGAGCAAAUGAACUCCUGAGCCCGUGUGUGCCAGGCAGUUUUCUGAUCCGAGUCAGUGAGAGGAUCAAGGGCUACGCCCUGUCCUAUCGGUGUGAGGACGGCUGUAAGCAUUUCCUCAUAGACGCCUCCACGGACUCCUACAGCUUCCUGGGCGUGGACCAGCUGCAGCACGGCUCCCUGGCGGAGCUGGUGGAGUACCAUAAGGAUGAGCCCAUAACUUCCCUGGGGAGAGAGCUCCUUCUCUACCCCUGUGGUCAGCAGGACCAGCCGCCCGACUACCUGGAGCUCUUUGAGUGACAGCUCCCGUCACAUCACCCUGCAACCUCCGGCUGCUUUCCUCGGGACAAACACUGCUGAAAUGUGAGUGUGCAGAAUCA